UUCUUGUUUUGUUUUUACUCAGGAUGAAGAUGCCUUGUAUGGAUUUGAAGCUGAAGUGGCCCGAAGACGAUUCCUAGAUCAAAGAACCUAUGGCUCAGUUACCCUCCCAUUAAACAUUCCUUCUCUCCUCUAUUUCAUAACAAACAUAGAAUACAUUUAAAACAUUCCACGGUUAUUGUCUUACUCUUCUAUAAUUUGUGAAAUCAAACCUCUAUUAAGAGCGAGAAAAAACAACGUUGAGACUGUUAGAUUAAGAAAAGUGGUAGAUUGAUACGCGCGUGAACCUCUUCGGAGGGCGCGAGAGGCCGGCGCGAUGCGGUCUCACCAGGGAUGUACGUAAUAUAUCCUGCGGAAGAAGUAGUUUCCCAAUCUUACGGCACACACUCGCUGCCCAGGCCCCGGCAGCGCCCCACGCUUGACGUCCUCUUCGGGCCGCCGCCGCCCGCGCCGUCCCGCGCGGACCCCCCCUUGGCCCCCAGCCCCCGGCCCCCCCGCGCCGUGUCCCUCCCCAAAACGGCGCCCCCGGAGCCUGCGGACCGCGCGCCGGCCUCGCCGACGCCCUCUAUCGAGCGGCCGGCUAAGCUGCGCGAGCGCACCAAAGCGAGCAAACUGCUCAAAAAACUCGGCCGUCAUGAGGACAACGAAUUCGGAAAAAUAGUUAGAACCCCCGCUCCUGAUGAAUUCGAGCUUCCCGCCCCUCUGCCGACUCCGGCUUUCUCGCGGAAGAAUAUAUUCGACCGCGAUUUCGAUGCCCUGUUUGAAGUGGCGAACUCGCCACAAUUCACUGCUAAGAUCCGCGUCACCACUCCAGAGCCGGAUCGCCGUUCUGAUGUGUCAGCGGUGCACUUUCCCUCCCCGUCCGAGUCUUCACUCAGCCUUCUCCCACCGCGCCCCAACUCCGCGCCUAGUCCUUCGCCGUUUUCCUUCAGAACCUCGACGCCUUCACCAUCGCCUCAACGAUCGUCUUUUGAAGGUUCAAAUACAAAACCGAAGAAAGUUAGUUUCUUUCGAAGGCUGAGUCGUGCUAAGACCGAGUCUGACCCGAUGCAGCCUCGCACAGUGAUGCAGCAGCAGCAGUCCAUAGACAUGGCUCUGCGGGAGCUGACGCACCCCGCACACAACGAGCAGCUCAAAAACCAACAGCAAGUCACAUUCAAGCUAGUCAAAACAGUGGCAGACUUCACGACGCAGCUGUCGCAGAUCUACGACCGGCACUCCUCCGAGCUGCAAGUACUCGUUGCCAAUUUCCGGAAAAAGAACAGCGAGCUCAAGAAAGAGAGAGCAUCAUGUCCGUCAUCUCUCUUCCACACAUGGGAAACGCUACUGCAAGAAGUGGAAGCAGACGUGAUAGCCAACAACAACACGUCAACAGCGCUGGAACGCAACGUCGCCGCGCCGCUGGUUGACCGCACGUUCCAUAUGAAGGUGCAAGCCAGGAAACUGUUCGCGCACCGUGAAGGAUGCGAGGUCAUUCUGGCGAAAGCUGAUGAUCAACUCACUAAGAGCCGGCAGGACUACCGCGCGGCAUUCGUGCACUACUGCAACAGCCCGAGCCCUAGCGCGUUGGCCACGUACUACGACUCCCACAACACCUACGUCCAGCAGCUGACAGCCACUAACGCCAUGCUGGACCAGUACCACAAGUACACGCUGCCUACUAUACUACAGGACCUGGAAGAAAUAUUGACGGACGUGACCGCGACAGUCAGCGAGGCCAUUUGUAAUGAAGGGGGGAUUAUCACGGAUAAGUCGAACCAGCAGCUCCGGCGCUACGAGUCGCUCUGCGCGCAAGCGCGCGCGGUGUCGAGCACAGCGGAUCUUGCGCACCUAGCGCGCGCGCUGCUGACGUCCCAGCCUCCUGCGCGACCACCGCGCCGCGAGUUCCUGCCGCCGUACCCGCCUGAACCUGAUGACCCACCACUCGACGUUGCUGCGGAGGUGAUGCCACCGGUGCUACGUGGGGAGAUGCUACUAGACCGCAUGGGCGGCGGCCAGGCGCGCAUGAGCUACGAGCAACUGCGCAAGGACGCGCAAGACCUGGAGAUGCAGAUCAAGCAACUACAGGACGGAUUGGAGGCGCUCGCCCGGCUCCAGGCUCGCGGGUUGGAGACAAACAUGUACAGCAAAGUUAACGAGAUACAGGAGGACGUAUCUAUGAAAAAAUAUGACUACAGGGCGACACAACUUCAUCUUGCUGCGGUAAGAGCUCAGAGAGAGCUAUUCGCAGCGAAAGCGGACAGCGGAACAGCAGCAGUCGAUCGCAAACUCUCCUCUUCAUCCGCCGGCAGUAUGAAGAACAAGUGGCUGAAAGCGUUCCGCAGCCUGAAGCCCCCCAGUGCCCCCCCACCCCAUGCUGCGCCACCAGACAAAAAAAAUCAAAUGUACCACGCGGUGUCGACGAUUAUGGCGAUGAGGAGGAACGGCGCGGGCAGAGAGGCUCUCCGGGGCGACUCAGAUGCACACAACUUCCAGGAGUACACCUAUAAGAAGAUAACGCCCUGCGAUGUCUGCUCGCAAGUUCUUAGAGGGCAUACGCGUCAGGGGCUCCGCUGUCGCCUAUGCAAGCUCAACGUGCACGCGGAUUGCAUGCCGCAGGUCGGCAAGUGCCAGACCAAGUCCCGCCUGCUGCGCCGGCAGAAGAGCACCUCGGAGAUCGAGUCCCACCGCGUGCAGGAGGCCGCUUUCGAUGAAGAUAAGGAGGAAGUGGAUCAGACCUACCAAGUUCUGAAGCGAGCCAACGAAAUCGCGAAGCCGGGCGGCGGGGGCCCGGUAGUGCGCGUGUCGGCGGCGCCCGAGGAGGCGCCCCCGCGCUCGCCGGCGCGGCCGGCCGUGGGCCUGGCCGGGCUGGCCGUGGCGCCGCAGCCCGUCGCCUCCAGCUCAGCGCCGCACUCGCCGAGACGUCAAAAGUUGAACCUUAGAAUGAAGAGCCUGUCCCUGGAUUCUCCGGAGUGCGGUGAACUGCGGCGGCGACCCGGGAGAGACCAGCCCUCGCAAAGCAGCCGCGUCCUCUCACCAUCAUCGCCGGUGCAUAGCAGGCGGCUGUUGAGCGCUCGCGGGGGAAGGAUGAGCAGCGUGGAGCUGCCGGAUGAGCCUGACAAGAGCCUUUCGUCGAACAGUGCGAGCCCUUGCCCGUCGCCAGUCAAACAGACUAGUAAGCAUCAGCGCCUCCUACCAACCAACCUCUACGUGAUCCUCUACAACUUCAAGUCGCGGCACGCCGACGAGCUCGACCUCAAGGCGGGGUACAAGGUCACGGUCAUCGACACCUCGGACCCGGACUGGUGGAAGGGCAAGUGCCUGGGCAAGAUCGGAUACUUCCCCUCCAAAUAUUGCACGAAGCUGCAGGCUGGGGAGCGGCCGCUGCAAGUUACGCAUAAUUUACAGGUAUCUGACGGCGACAACGGCCUAAUGCUCUUGCGCGACCAGAUCGUAAUCCAAGUGGGCGAUGAGGUUGACGGCAUGGUCAUGAUCCGAUCGGGCGACAACCGCCAGGGCGUGUGUCCCAUUAAGUUCCUACAAGAGGUGUGACGCUUCAGAAGAUCAAACUACGAUUUCAUGACAAAACGCGGAUCAUUCACCGAAGAAACUCAUACGCUCUACGUUCCGAAACCCAUACAAAGUGCUCCCGUUACCCCGUGCGACAGCGAAACCUCCACCUGGUCUGACCGAGCCUCAUCCAGUCGAGAGAGACAGUACUAUGAACUACCCUCCACCUCAGACAUGCGUUAUGAGGUUCCGAGCUCCACCGUCCGCUAUGACGGCCCGACUACCGCCCGGUACGAAGGCCCAUCCACUUCUGAUAAGCGGUACGAAGAAAGACCUUCAACUUCUGAUAAAGCACGUUACGAAGAAUCUAUGGAAGGUUAUUGGUGGUGGCGCAGGCCUCUAGGCGUGAGACGUGCUCAAUGCCGAAGAUGCGGGGCUUCCUCAUCUACUAGACCAUUAAAGAUGAAGCCAUGUGCUGGCACGGCUCAGGAGCAAGACGAUGUCGACUGGGAUGGCAGCCGUCCUCUGAUGUCACGCGAACGCCCUCUACUUUUCUUUAGACAACUCUUUAUUUAAGGCGACCCCUUUGUCCGAAACGUUUACGAAUUAAUAUUAAUCGCAUAGCAACCUUAUAUAAACUAAGGCUGUUUUUUUGGAAAGUUUUAUGAUAUGAUAUAACGUUUACGGAAUUGGGGUCAGCGUACUGUAAGCUAGGAAUUAGGCGGAAGCGCUUGAAGGGUUUCUCAAUGCGAUUGGCGUAAUUCUCAUUAGUGCUAUAGGACUAAGACUUUUUGUACGAGUACUCUAAGGCUGCCGUAGUUCUAUGGAACAAAUGGAAAGUAUCGGUUUUAAGCGGAAGGUAAAAAACUUCAAGUAUUAUCAGGUUGCAGAUUGUGCAGACAGUUAUUAGUUUUAAUUGAGUAGCAUACAUUAUUUGUUAAAGACAUACACGUUAGAUUAGAAAUAGGAUAAAAUACGGCAUCAAAAUAUUUAGUUAUAUUUAGUUACACUGUGCAAAUAGAUUUCUUAAUUGAGGGAUAACCUCUUAGCUCACACAUAUUUGGCAAAAUUAGAUGAUUUUCGCAUUUGCGACCUAAGUACUAAUUUAUUUGCGAGAUACAUUCCUUCUAAUACAGAGUUAUUUUAUACCUGUCUUAUACAUUUACCAAUUCGUAUUUUUAUAUUUACAUCUAAAGGGAGAUGAUAUAGGUACUUAUGCGUGAUUAUAUUUAAUUACUUUCGUAACAUA